UCAAAUUUCUGCCGUUAACGACUUGUGGCAUUAAUUCAAAGGCGUCAUCUGCAUUACUGCAUCAGAAGAAAACCCUUCGUAAUUAUUUCGGUGCUACAAGGAUUUCAACUUACAGAUAUAUUGCAUACAUUGCACAAAUUCAUUUAAACUUAGUUGAGAACUCUACUCUGCUUUCUUAAAGGCUAUUUUACCAACGGUUGCCACUUACGCCUCAACCAAACAAAGAAAUGGCUAGCAAGAUACCCGGUUUUACUUCGGGACUGAAACCCCCUUCGACUUCCUCUUCUUUAUCUAAUCUUGCCAAACGACGAGGUCCAGAGGUGUCAACAGUACAACCGAUUGAAAAGCGUCCAAGAACAACAGAUGAUGCUACAACCACAGCUAGUAGCCACCAGUCAUCGAGUAGUAUGAUGCGUUCAAAAUCAUUCAGUAACUUGGCCACUACUGGGCAAAAUGGAAAAUCAACAACUGUGGGUAGGGGUACAUCGACAGCCAUCAAAUCUCAUGCAUCUUCAACUCUUGGCCGCCCAGGUUUGGGUUGUAUUACUAAAAAGGUGGACUCUAUUUCAAAUGCCAUCACCAACAAGGGUGUUAAAUCCAAACCCCUAACUCUGGAAAGUAGGAUGAUUAUUAUCGAGAAGCGCCUUGGAGAGUUGGAAACCGAAAAUGCCGAGAAGAAGGAUACCAUCACUGUGUUAGACUCUACCAAUAAGAACCUCGAGGUCCACAUUAAGGACAAGGAAAGUGCAGUGAAUAUUUUGUCAGAUGAAAUCGACACUUUGAAGAGUAAAAUUAGGGGGUUAGAGAUGUCGAGUGCCACUGAAAAAACUCUGCUGGAAAAUAAGAUUCGAGAAUUGGAGUUCCUAAAAGGUCGUCUUGAUCGUGAGAAGACUAGUCUGGAAGGUGAACUAAUCGCCUCUCAGAAAGAAAUUGUUGGAUUAAAAUGCUCAAUGGCUGAGAUGAGCUCAGCCUCCGCUGGUCUUCGCGCGGAAUUGGAGUCUCUUCAGCGCCACUUAACAAUCGAACAAGCUGACAAUGCUAGGUUAAGAAAUGAUCUGUCUGUGGCAACAGCAGACAUUCAAGACUUACAAGCUCGACUUCGGCAAGAAGAAACUCAAAGACGUCUACUGCACAACACAGUUCAAGAACUGAAAGGCAACAUCCGCGUAUUUUGCCGAAUCCGACCCAUCAUUCCUUCGGACAAAAUGCCCGGAGGAAAAAUCGCGCAUUUAAACGUCUUACACGAUAAGUCUCUGGAAGUACACAAACUGAAUGCUGACAUGACUUUGAAUGAAAGCUCAAUGAAUGCUCCUGCAAGUGGCAAAGGACCUUCAAAAAUCGACUUCAAUUUUGAUCGAGUGUUUGGUCCUAAUGCAACUCAACAGCAAGUUUUCGAUGAGAUUUCUCAACUUAUUCAAUCGGCGUUGGACGGUUACAACGUUUGCAUUUUUGCAUAUGGGCAAACUGGUUCAGGCAAAACCUUUACUAUGGAAGGCGGAACUGCUGGGUCUGAAUCAGACGGGAUGAUUCCACGCUCUGUGCGUUUAAUUUUUGCUGCUUGUGAGGCCCUUCGAGCCAAAGGUUGGGCCUACAAGAUCGAAGCUUCUUUUUUGGAGAUCUACAAUGAACAAAUCCGCGAUCUACUUGGUCCUUCUGGAGGAGUUCACGAUAUUCGAAUCGUCAACAACGAAACUGUCGUCACGAAUCUUAAGGUUGAAGAGGUUACAAACGAACAACAGGUACAAAACUUACUUGCCAGGGCUCAGCAACAGCGUGCCGUCGCUUCAACCAGUUGCAACGAGCAUUCUUCUCGCAGCCAUAGUGUCCUGCGUCUGAAAUUGACAGGAGUUAAUGCUGAUACUACUGAGACUUCGAACGGAGUCCUUUACAUGGUUGAUCUAGCGGGUUCAGAGCGCCUCAAGGAGUCUGGUGCCACGGGUGACAGAUUGACCGAGACGAAGCACAUUAACAAAUCUCUUUCAAAUCUUGGCAACGUGAUCAUGGCACUUGCAGCCAAGGAAAGCCAUAUCCCAUACCGUAACUCAAAACUUACUUUACUACUUCAGCAAGCAUUGGGUGGCAGUGCUAAAACGCUUAUGUUCGUUAAUGUUUCUCCCAAAGAAAAUUGUACUAAUGAGACCGUUAACUCUUUGCGAUUCGCCGCAAAAGUGAAUGCAUGUCACAUUGGAACCGCCAUGAAAAAUAGUUAAACAUUCUCUUUUGGCCAAGCAUUUGAACUUACACUUAACGAACAAGAUUGCAAUUACCCUCUUUUACUAGUAGUCUAAAAUUUUGUCCUUUUUGAAAAAUACAUUAAUUUACUAGA